AUGAGAGCGAGUUUGAUCCAACAACUUCGGGUGCUUGUGCCCAUCAAACGAACGAUUGAUUAUGCAGUGAAGAUUCGAGUGAAUUCCGCCAAAACCGCCGUGGAAACGAAUGGCGUGAAACAUUCCAUGAAUCCCUUUGACGAGAUCGCCGUGGAGGAGGCCAUCCGGUUGAGAGAGUUGAUGAAGGAAAAGAUCGAAUCCAUCACUCUUUUGACAGUUACUAACCAGAAGAAAGGCGGACAAGAAGUCUUAAGAACAGGUCUAGCGAUGGGAGCCGAUGAAGGGGUCCUAGUCGAAUGGCCUGAAGGCUCGUCUGAACCAGAACCGCUCUCCGUAGCGAAGACGAUCAAAGCUGUACUCGACAAACAAUUCAAAGAGAAGCCAAUCGAUUUGAUCAUUUGCGGCAAGCAGGCCAUCGAUGACGAUUGUUCUCAAGUGGGCGGAAUGUUAUCUGGGCUAUUGAACUGCUCGUUAGCUCAAUUUAUCAGUCAAGUCAAAUUCGAAGACCAAUCCAACCUCAAGCAAGUCAAGAUCGAACGGGAGAUCGACGGCGGGAUCGAGAAACUGACCGUUCCCUUGCCCGCCGUCUUAACCACCGACUUGCGAUUGAACGAACCGAGAUACGCUUCGCUACCCAACAUCAUGAAAGCGAAGAAGAAGCCGAUCACAACCUACACAGCCGAGCAACUAGGGAUCGACACUAAGCCCAUGCUAAAAGUGUUGAAAGUCGAGGAACCGCCGGCACGAAAAGGGGGCCAGAAAGUGGACGAUGUGGAUGCUAUGGUUGAGAAACUGAAGGAAGUCGGGGCUAUCUAA